AUGAUAAACACCAUCGUUAGAAUUCUAUUCAUGGCUUAUAUGGCCCAUGCGAGCAUUGAUCGAGAGACAGUGUCAACCGACGACUACGAGAGCUACUCCAUUUGGACGUCGGAAGAGAUCAAAGUGAAAUUGGACAAAUGGAAAGAUGUCUACCCUGAUUUUUUUCACAUGACAUCGGCUCAAGAAAAAUAUGGACUUCCUGCAGCCGGAUCUGACGCAGAUUGCCCGUUUCACGAUGUGACGGGAUGCCACAAUUUCAUCAUUACAAUACAAGACUUUAUCACGCACCCAGAAGGCUCUUAUACCUCAGCACGACUGCCUGAGGUCUAUUGGAGUGGUUGUUUGCACGGGAAUGAACGAGUUGGUCCUACUUCUGUCAUGCAUGCUGCUUCGUUGUUGCUCCAGGCUGCAUCUUGUGAAGCAUUGCCUCGCACAAAGGACAAAGACGAAAUAGCGGCUGCAAGAAAAUGUCGACACGAACUGGAAAAGAAAGGAAUUAGCGAGCAUCAGCGGAAAUGGUUGGCUCGAUUAGUUAGUACUCGAAGGAUCGUCAUGACUCCAACCACAAACGCACUGGGAUACUAUAAAAAUAAGCGAGAAGAAGGGAGGAUCGAUCCGAAUCGUGACUUUCCUUACGAUGUAAAGGACCCCGAGGACUGUAUGCAGACAAUUGCAGGGCGGACGGUCAAUGAAAUCUACCGAGAGCACUUGUUCCAACUGUCUUUGACCUUUCACGCUGGUACAGAGGUUGUGGGUUAUGAAUGGGGUGCACCGCAUUGGCUAGGUAAAUUGAGUCCAGAUGAUGUAGCGCAAGUCUCGGUUGGCUCUGCAUACAGCAACUAUGGUGGUGGGUGGUCUGCCUCGAAAGCAUAUGCCUAUGGCACAAUGAACGAUUUAGUGUAUUAUGUGAGGGGUGGAAUGGAAGAUUGGGCGUAUGCAGGAUCAUGGGAUCCAGAUCGUGUAGUACAAUGUGAACCGACAAGUUUUGAUGGGUACCCAAAGGAAAAAACAAGAUACAACAACUCCACACUCCGCAUCUUUAAUAUGCUGAUAGAAACAAGUGAUGAUAAGGAACCCAAAUUACACCUUGGGAAUUCGGUGGAUGUAUUGAAUAAGGAUACAAAAGGAAAUGGUCAUAUAUCUCGAAAUAUCCGGUUAGCCCUUCUCGCCGCAGAGCUCGUGGAGCCAUAUGUUUCUGUCUUCAAGGUCAAUGAACUGCGUUUGUCGGAUGACGUCGUGCCCCUUUUGACUGCUGGAGAAGAAAGCUGCAGAAAAGGCAAUACAGUCAUGGUAGCGAAGAAUACCCAACAAGUGGAUAUUUCUUGGACAGUUGGUGGUUCGAUGACAAUUGACAAUACAGAAGUAUGGUAUGCAAAACUAGAUGAUGUUGAAGGCCGUGACCUUGAUUGUCUAAAGCAUCCAAGUGACAUGGCUGGCUUCGUGAAGGGCGAGAUUAUUGGAGGAACGAACGGUACCAGCGCGUUUUCGUCAAAUGGGGCAUUCCCUACACCAAAAGUUGACGAGCCGGAUGGACCAAUUUUCACUGGACGGAUAUCGAUUCCUUCAUCUACGAAACCACUGGAUCAAAUCGUAAUAUAUGUCUCGGCCCGAGUAGAUCAAGAUUGGAAGAAUGCUCCUUCCGAAACUUAUGCUCCACUCGUGGGUCCUCAAAGUCACAUUGCAAAUGUUCGAACAAACCCAGACUGGCAUCAUGAGAGUGCAGGAAAGUUUGUUGAUGGACGACUUGACUGGUUUUCGAGGCCUCUUUACGUCAUCCUUGGAGACUUUGAAGAUGCAAUUGGGACGCAGUCAGGGCACACCGUUGGCACACUAGAGCACAACGUUCGAUUCGAGAAUCACAACGCAGGCCAAGGUGGGGUCUUGCCAAAGUCUGCGCGCAAAGAGAGAAUGUGGUUUCCAGUCGACAUGACUUUCCUACUACUCUUGGGUGCGCUGGUUUUGGCACUGUGCCUUUUUUGUGCUUGCCUGUGUCGGUCAGAUGGUUCUGAAAAGUUUGCACCUGUCGUCCAGAUGGACGACGAAGAUGAUUAUGCGUUCGAUUCGGCGCCUUUUUCAGACAGAGCCGACACAGAACUCGAGUUGCGACCAAUGUCGUGA